GAAGUGUUAAAGUGGGCGGGGCCUAAUUGCUAACACUUUCAUAACAUGUUACAAGAGCACGUCGUGUCAAGUAAAAACAAUUGUUUUUGUUGAGGAACUGCGUAAAACAACAGCAGGGCCUGUGCCAUUUGAACUGGAAUAAGAUGGCCUCAGCUGUGGCCAACAGAGCAGUGGGAGCCAUCUUGGGAUCAGCUGUUGCAGAUGCUGCAGCGCAGCCCCUCCACUGGGUGUACGACCUCCAGAAGCUGAAGGGGUUUUUGGAUCAGAAUCCAAACCCCGAGUUCCACCCGGAGUCGGCUAACCCGUUCUACAGGAGACAGACGGGCGAGCAGAGCUGCUACGGGGACCAGGCCUACGUCCUCCUGGAGUCGCUCUCUGAAUGUGGAGGGUUGAAUGUCGAGGAUCUGACGCAGCGCACACUGAAAUUCUUUGGACCAGGAUCAGAGUAUGACACGCCUAUCAACGAUCCUUACCGACAGAGGGGGGGACCAAGACCUCAGCUGCCUAUUGAGGGACCAUGGAGACACGCAAGCCUGAAGAGCUUCCUAAAGAAUGUCGACGCAGGGAAUAAGGAGACAGGCUGUGAGACCGACUGCCAGAUUGAUGGAAUAACCAGGCUGGCCCCGGUCGUGGCUUUUUACGCAGGGCAGCCUGACAUGCUGGAGAAGGUGGAACAGGCCAUCCGCGUCACGCAAAACAAUGACGAAUGUGUUGCCGAAACUCUAGCAGCUGCUCGGUUUCUGGAGCAUUACAUCUUGAAUGGUCCCGACCCGAAGGCUUUGGACGUGGUGCUGAGUCAGCUGAGCGACCCCAACAGAAAGCAGCCUCAGGAUCUGGACAAAGCGGUCAUCGGUAUGAGAAGUCAUCGUAGUGUUGUUUUUUUGCUUCUCCUCCUGGCGAAGUCAUGGGACUCAGUCAUGGGGCCACAUUCAUCAAGUGAAGGAGACUUUAUCCAAAACUCCGCAGGAGCUCAUCCCCACCGUGUUUCCAAACACAUGAGGUAUGGUUUGCCAGGUGCAUUCCAGGCAGCGCUGCAUGGAGUCCUGACAGCUAAGCAGUUUGAGACGGCUGUCAGAGACACCAUGAGCUGUGGGGGGUGCACCUGCAGUAGAGGAUCCUUCAUCGGAGCUUGUCUUGGAGCUCAGACCGGGCCUGAGGGGAUCCCAGCGUCCUGGAAGAGCAAAACCCUGAGAUACAGCUCGGUGCUGGAGCACGCUGAGAAGAUCACCAAACACCACUCUUAUCACAGGUUAGUUUCUGAUGACAGAGUUGAGACAAACAUGGCAAGUAAAGGGGGCAAGCAAAACCGCUCAGGCUCCGGCCUUUCGGGUAGGAAAGGCGCCGGGGACCAGGAUGAAGAAGAGCAGCCGCUGCAGGCUGUUUUAGUGGCUGACAGCUUCAACCGGAGGUUUUUCCCGGUGACCAAGGACCAGCCACGGGCUUUGCUGCCGCUCGGAAAUGCUGCCAUGAUCGACUACACCUUGGAGUUCCUCACCUCCACCGGGGUGCAAGAAACCUUCGUCUUCUGCUGCUGGAUGGCCAGCAAAAUCAAGGCACACUUGUUGAAGUCAAAGUGGUGUCGCCCCACCUCCCCAAACACGGUCCACAUCAUCACCUCGGAGCUGUACCGCUCCCUGGGGGACGUGCUCCGGGAUGUGGACGCCAAGUCCCUGGUGCGGUCAGACUUUGUGUUGGUUUACGGGGACGUUGUGUCCAACAUUGACGUCAGCCAGGCACUGCAGGAACACAGGCACCGGCGAAAGAUGGAGAAGAACAUCUCGGUGAUGACCAUGAUCUUUAAGGAGUCCUCGCCAGGCCACCGGUCCCGCUGCCAGGAGAAGGACGUCAUCGUGGCCGUGGACAGCAGGAGGCAGCAGAUCUUACACUACCAGGAGACGCAGGGGCUGAAGAAGAUACAGUUCCCCAUGAACAUAUUCCACAGCGGGAGUGAUGAGUAUGAAAUCAGACACGACCUCCUGGACUGUCACAUCAGCAUCUGCUCCCCACAGGUUGCCGAGCUCUUCACCGACAACUUCGACUACCAGACGAGAGACGACUUUGUCCGAGGAAUUUUAGUCAACGAAGAGAUCCUCGGCAACCAGAUCCACCUGCACGUCACCAGGGACGGCUACGGCGUCCGCGUGUCCAACCUGCUCAUGUACGACUCGGUGUCGUCCGACUUCGUGCGCCGGUGGGUCUACCCGCUCACGCCCGAGUCCAACUUCAGCGACCGGGAGGGCCGCGCCUGCACGUACUCGCGGCACAACGUGUACCGGGGCUCCGGGGUCAGCCUGGGCCACGGCAGCCAGAUGGAGGAGAACGUGCUCAUCGGCCAGGACACCAGCAUCGGCGCCAACUGCAGGAUCUCCAACAGCGUCAUCGGGAACAACUGCGUCAUAGGGGAUAAUGUGAUCCUGGACCGCGCCUACGUCUGGAACAACGUCACCAUCGCCAGCGAUGUGGUGAUCAGGCAGUCGGUGGUCUGCGACCGGGCCGAGGUCAAAGACGGCGUGACCCUCGUCCAACAGUGUGUCCUGGCGUACAACGUGGUGAUUGGGCCGAACAUCACUCUACCCAGACGGACCGUGGUGUCCAUGCACCAUCCGGACGAGGAGGAGGAGGAGGACGAGGACGAAUUCCUCAGUGACGAUGCGGCUGUGGGCCACAGCAAAGACAAAACCAGGCAGAAAGUUUUCAACCCGGCAGAGGUUGGAGCUGGAGGAAAAGGUUACAUCUGGAAGACCGGCAGCCUGGACGACACGGAAGACGAGGGGAUCUCAAAAUGCAUCUGGGUCUUCCAGAUGGAGGUGCUCGGGACUCUGCAGAGAGGUUUGGAGGAGAACAUCGGCUGUGACAAUCUCGUUCUGGAGAUCAACUCUCUCAAGUACGCCUACAACAUCAGCCUGAAGGAGGUGAUGCAGAUUCUGACCCGGGUGGUGCUGGAAUACCCUUUCCAGCAGCAGGGCCCACAUCUCACCACCUCGCAAUACGUGGCUCUGCUCCUGCCGUUGCUGAAGAAAUGGGCCCCUGUGUUUAAAAACUACGUGAAGAGAGCGCAGGACCACCUGGACUGCCUGUCCGCCUUCGAGGAGCAUUUCCUGGAGCAGCAAAGCCACUGGGCCGCCAUGGUCAAGGUGCUGAUGGACAUGUACCAGCUGGAGAUCCUGGAGGAGGACAUGAUCAUGCGCUGGUUCUCUCAGGGAGCCUCCACAGAGAAAAGCAGACAGCUCCGCAAGGACCAGGGGCUUCAGAAGUUCAUCCAGUGGUUGGAAGAAGCCGAGGAGUCCUCGGAAGGAGAUGAAUAG